AUGAGUAAUGACAAGAACAAGCAGAAGGAGGAAAAUCCACAACACACUUUGUUUUGCUUUCUGGCUUGUGUUUGCAACCAGAAGGAUAAGCAAAUCAGCAGCAACAUUGGGGAUGACCAUUCUUUUGGCCCAAGGAGUUCAGCAGCAGGGGGGAAACUUCGGGAUCACGGGGAGUACAUUGCACUUCUUUUCUUCCACUUUUCUCUUCUUCUGGGAAGUGCUGUCCAAAUUAGAACCAGCAGCAGUUAUUCCAGUCUGUAUGAAAAGGGCUUCCUGCCUUGCAGAAAAGAAGAACUUCAGUGCAGGGAUGGCUUCUGUUUGAUAAAUUGGCUUCUUUGCCACUACAGGAAGGUCUGUGGCAAAGAGUAUGACUCCAUCACAGUGACAUGUUCAGAAAUCCACCUGAACCAUAGCAACUUUAUCAGCAAGAUUACUCGCUACACAGAAACCAGCAGAGACACUAUUAUGCUGGAUUCGUCAGUGCUUGUGGCUGGGGUAGUCAUUGGAGUGGUCCUGUUUCUGUCCUGUGUGGCCAUCCUGAUUGGCAGCCUGCGAAAGAAUCAGUGCUUUCGACAUCUUCAGCUGUGGGGGGAUGCCAGUUACACUCCAGACUGUUUCUCCUAUGGUGGUUCAGUUGGAGAGCUAAGAUCCAGCUGCACUGAGGAGUUCCCACCAUUUUAUUUCAGUUCUUACAUGGAGGCCCUCUCUCAGGCCAACAUCACACACCCUGACUCACCGCCACGAUAUGAUGAGUGUGUUGGGCCUGGAGCAGUCCAAAUCUAUCUUCCAACAGAGGAUCCUCCACCUUAUUCUCUGAUAGACCCUUGUCAGCAGAAUGAUGUGACUAUAAACAAUCCCUUGGAAAGGGGAUCCACCAGAACAAUGGGAAGGGAUUCUGAGGAUGUGGUUAGGGUACCGGACCCACAUCAGCCUUCCAUGUCCUUGCCAUCCUCAUCCCCAACAGACACUGCCCCUCCGUAUGAGGUUAUUGGGUGCGAACAGAAUGUUCCUCUGCCUCAAGUCCCGCUGCCUCUACUGAAGGAUUCAGCAGAUUACCAUCAGACACUUUUCAACAGAAUAAUGUAAACCAAUUGGACAUCGGAAGGAAAUGUUCAAGCCGAAGACAGGGUGAUCACAUGGAACGAUGAGUUGAGCACCCACCCACCUGUGUACUUGCAACAAAACCUUUCUCUUUUUCUACUUUGAACAGGGCUAGGCUGGGUUGGUUUUGGAGAUACGGGUUUUGUUUUAUUAGUAGAACAUCUUUUGAAAGUUUGCCUAUAUCUUUUGCACUGUUUCCUCCCCCACCCUGAAAAUUUUAAAACAAUAAAUGCAAUGCUAGGGAAAGCAGGCCUCUCUGAAGCAUUUUAAAAUGUCUUUGGUUCACCCGGAGGCAACUGGAACUUUCAAUCCUUGUUGGGGCUGCCCUGUUUUUUGGGGAAAAGGGAAUAUUAAAAAAAAUAGUACAACCAAUAUUUUAUGUACUGCUUGUAAGUGGUAGAUAUAAAUAACAGAGGAAUGGAUUCUUUGUAACUUUGAGAAUAUGUGGGUUGGGUUUAUAAAUCACACUAGGCUAAAAUGUAGGCUGGCUCGUUUGCACCUCAGUGUGGUAUGGGAAAAUAGCCAUCCUGAAGCCAACCAGUCUGUCUAUCAACACUAUCUACCUCGCAGGAUAGUUGGGAAGCUAAUAAAAUCGGGAGAAGGCCAUCUACAUUGCUCUGAGGUCUGUGGAGUGAGUUCACAAUGAUGAUGAUGAUGAUGAUGAUGAUGAUGAUGAUAAUGAUUCGAUUUAUGUACCAAAAUAUAAUGAUUCUCCAACUAAUAACGGUACUGACCGCAGAUUUCCGGAGAAGGAAUCUUGAAGUAUCUCAGAUAAUUCAUUUGUUUACAUGAAGCCGAUUUUUCUGAGCUGUAACUCUGGAUUCUAGAAACUAGUUUGCUUAUCUCCUCCCGUGGUUUUUGCAAGCAGAAAGCAAAAGAAUUGUUUUGCCGUGCCUCUAGGACUUAAAUCUCUGCUUUCGUUCUUGCAGGGUUGCUGCUCUGUUGUUGUUUUGCUGCUGCUGUCGUUUCUGUCCUACCAAACAUCCUGCUGUUCAUCAUUAGGGAAUUUUAACCUGAGUGUUUUCUCAGCUUUUACAAAAAUCAUGUCCUUGCUCUUUGAGAAACACAGAGCUAUCCUCCUCCUCUAGCCAUUCCUUUGCCAUCUCUCACUAAGCCCAGUUUCAGUUCCUUAAGGCAGGGUUGCCCAACCCAGGUCCAGCUGCCUUGGAAAACAUUGCCCAUGACCCCCAGAAGUCCUCCAAAACUUUCUAUCCAAAAUUUGCAUUUGUGUGCAUGCAUUUUAAUUUGAUAGAAGGGGGAAAUGUGGCACAUGGGGGAAGUAGGCAUAAGCUUCAUGCCAUUAUGUUUAACUAAACCUUUCAAUCAAGUCAAAUUUCAUUUUCGUCCUGCCCCAUUUAGUUUUGGAAGCGCAGUCUCAGAUGGCCGCGUGGCCCUUGGCAUGAUGAAGGAUGUUCAUUCCUACCUACAGCACCAAUGCAUUAGGUCUCUAUGUCUCCCCCUUGUGGCCGCCUCCUGUUUUACAAAGGUGUGAGCAAGCAAUUGUCACCUGGGAAUUGCCAGGAUAUGCAAAACCCUCCCCUAGAAUUGUCAUCAAUGACUAGAAUUCUUGGCAGAGAGAUCUGGGUGGGGCAGGUUCAGUAAUGAGGCUGAAGGUCACUAAAAAGGGAGAAAUCAAGACUACCUGGAGAGUUGCAUCUGAAAAUUCCAGAUGUAAACCUGCUUUUUAAAAACCUUUUAAUUCUUAUUUUGAAUCAUUUUGAAUUCCUUAUUGACUUUAUUCAAUGCAUUAUAUGACGACUUUUCUCAGAACCCCAUGGUUCUCCCCUAAAUGUAUUCCCACUACAGCAACCCUAUGAAAUUGAUGGGGUUGAGGGUGACUGGCCUAGAAUUACCCUGUCAGGUCUCAAGAGGGGGACUUGAAUGUGGGUCUCCCCAGCCCAAAUGUCUGACCCAUUCCAGUGGCAUAGCUCUUCCCAUAUAUGUUUUCAGUCUCAUUCUCCCUGUACAUCAUAGCAAGAAUAUAAUAUACCUUGUUUUGCUCUGUUUGUCUGUCAGCAACCUUUAGAAAUGUAGCAGCAGACAGGUGGCAUCUGCCUCUGGAUAUAGAAGGCUAAAUAUUGUAAAGCAUGGGAUUCAAUUAACAAUUAAAUGCAAAAGGAAAAACAGCAGUCUGUGGCGAUUCUUUAUGCAGCAUAGUAUAAGGAAAAUCGUACUUCAUGCCACUCUUUAAAUGAUGGACAUUUGAUUGCAUAAUGAUUGCAAUAAAAAUACAUGGAUAGCUUUUGUGCAUGAAGCCAGUCUCUUUGGAGUUAGAAAUAUUCUAGCCAUUCAAAUUGACAUGGAACGACUCUUUGGCCAAAUCUUAAAUACUGUAUGAUUCAAAAGCUUGCUCUAUAUUUCUUAUUAUAUACGAUUAGGUGCUCCAAAAGUUAAUGAGUUCUUCCAGUCCUUGGCUUGUAUUCAUGCUAGACAAUCUAACGUUAUAAACAGCCUCCUGACAUAGACAUAGUUUCACAUGGUAUGAAACAGAAUCCACAGGAUGUUUGGAUUUUGCUCAUUUGAAGUAAUCAUCUAUCUGUAAUGUUUUUUAAACCCUUCCACAGCUUAUGGAGGCUUCAGCAGUUCUAAGAAAAAUUCAGCAACACUUGUUCACAUUGUGUGUCACGACCAAGUUAUGGAAAGUGAUAUCUUUAAGCGGUUGCCUAAGAGUUUCCCUGACAAUCAACGUUCAAACCACCUAUGAAUCUAGGAGGAAGAGUUUGCUUAGAGAAAAAACAGUGACUAACUUUAAUGCUAACUGGAAGCCCCUUUUGGACUUUCUGCGGCAAAGAGGGGAAAAAACGCAGUUAUGAUAUACGGAUUUGAUGAUUAGGCUGUGCAAAACGUGGACGAUAAGAUGUCGUUUUAGAGUGAGAGGUUAUUUUAUGUUUCAUUUGUAUCUGCUGUAUAAGACGACGGAGGUCGUCCUUUUUGCAUUUCUGUUUUUCUCCUUUUCUAUUUUCCCACAUUUUGCUUGCCGUCUUUAGCUUUCUUUCUACUCUUUUUCUUGAUUAUUAAUUUGUGCUAGUUUUUAUCUUUCUGCCUUUUAAAAUUUAAUAAAGCUUUUAUCUAUAUAUCUAUAGAUACAGAUACACAAAUAAAUAAAUCUAGGGAGGGUUUGCCGGAUCGGCCAAGUGCUCAACGAAUCGAGCAUCCUGUGUCCCAGGCCGGCACAGAGGAAUGACCCCAAAACACCGGACUCGCGGGGCGCUUGCAUUUUAACUGGCUAUGAAAGAAAGGGGUCGCCGUCUCUGCGCGUACUGCGAAUGGCCCCGCUCCACUGUGGGCUUCGGGACAAGCGGUCCCACGGCUUAGCCGGGUAAAAAAAAAAAAACCCAUCACGCACGGUGGCCCUUGUGGAGUGGAACGCCCGGAGCGAGCCACGCCCAUC